GUAUUUGUUUCCAAGGUGACGGCCACGCCGCCGCGCCCACCAGGGUGUGUGAACUGAGACACUGGAAAACGACUCUGAGGAAAGCGUUCCCGCCGACGGCGGUUGCCGUCACAACCACCUGCGGGCUCAGGAGACCGGAGACUGCGGCCUCCGCGCCAGCCGCCGCGCAUGUGCUAUCCGCGGCCCGCACGGCUACCUUGUCUCCGGGUCUAGGGAGAAGAUCGUGGAAGAGCAGGCAUUCUGUUGCCACAGCCCCAGAGAAAGAAACCUAGAAGGAGGGGACCGCCUCACCAGGCUCUCUUUGGCAAGAGUAGGUGAGGACGGCGGCUUUUCCCGAAGGGACUCGAGAAAACCCAGUGAAGAUCCAGGGCGGCACCGCUGCGUCUCUCAGGAGAGAAUUAGGGAACAGGAUGGCCACCGGCAGAGCAGUUCAUGGGUGGCUGUGAGAGGCGGUAGCGGCCAACGCAGUAGCGACGCGAACCUAGGUGAAGUCACUGGCUCGCAUCCCUGCGACUCGAGGGCAGCCGUCAGAGAAGACGCCUGGGUGGACGUUCCUGAAACCCGAGGGCCCGGAACCAUUGACUCCGUGGACCAAGGCAGCGACUACCGCAGCUGUUCUUGGGAAGGAGCAAGUGUCGAUGGCAGUCACUGCCUCAGUAGUUCUUGGGAAGGAGUAAAUGAUGACAGGCGCUACGAGGCCAGAGACUCCUCUAGGGUGAGCAUCAGCAAAGAUUCCAGCCGCCUCCUCCAUAGCUUCUGGGAGAGAGAAAGCGAAGAAGAUUCCCGCUUUAGGGGCUCUUGGGAGAGAAGGAAGGAUCGUGGGCCCCGCGCAAGCGACGAGGAGUCCAGUUCUUGCAGCAGUGGUCCAUGCGUGGGAGCAAGUGAAGACCAGCUCAGCAGCAGAGACCUGGGCUCCACUCCUCCCCAGAGUCCAAGUCCGAGGGCGAAGGACCACACCAUGCCUGGUGUGGCUAAUCCAGGCCCCUCCAAGUCCUGUAGGGAGACUGCAGACUCAAGUUCCAGGAAGAAGGUGCAUUUUAGUAGCAUACAUGAUGCGGUACGGGCUGGAGAUGUCAAGCAGCUUUCAGACAUCGUGGACCAUGGAGCCAACAUUAAUGAAGUGGAUGUUCUCCAUCAGUUUACUCCUUUACAUUGGGCAGCACAUUCUGGAAGUUUAGAGUGCCUUCACUGGCUCCUCUGGAAUGGUGCUGAUGCCACACAGACAACUACAAGGGGAUGGACAGCAGCUCACAUAGCUGCGAUCCGGGGUCAGGACGCCUGCCUGCAGGCUCUUAUAAUCAAUGGAGCCAACCUAACAACUCAAGAUGACCGUGGAUGCACCCCACUACACCUUGCUGCCACCCAUGGACACUCUUUUUCUUUACAAAUCAUGCUGCGAAGUGGAGUGGAUCCCAGCGUGACUGACAAGAGAGAAUGGAAACCUGUACAUUAUGCAGCUUUUCAUGGGCGGCUUGGCUGCUUGCAGCUUCUUGUCAGAUGGGGUUGUGGCAUAGAAGACGUGGACUACAAUGGAAACCUCCCGGUUCACUUAGCAGCCAUGGAAGGCCACCUCCAUUGUUUUAAGUUCCUACUGAGUAGAAUGAACAGCGCAGCACAAGCCUUAAAAGCCUUCAAUGAUAAUGGAGAAAAUGUAUUGGACCUGGCCCAUCGGUUUUUGAAACAGAAUAUUGUACAGUUUAUUCAGGGGGCUGAGUAUGAAGGAAACCAUCCAGAUGACCAGGAUGAUGUAGCCUUUCCAGGUCAUGCGGCUGCCUUUAAGGGUGAUUUAGAAAUGCUUAAGAAACUGAUAGGCGAUGGGGUAAUCAAUCUGAAUGAACGUGAUGAUAAUGGAUCAACGCCCAUGCAUAAAGCUGCUGGACAGGGCCACAUAGAUUGUUUGCAGUGGUUGAUUGACACAGGAGCUGACAGCAAUAUUACCAACAAAGCAGGAGAGAGACCCAGCGAUGUGGCUAAGAGAUUCGCUCAUUUGGCCGCAGUGAAACUCUUGGAGGGGCUACAGAAAUAUGACAUAGAUGACAUUGAAAGUGAUAAAGAGCAUAUGAAUUUUUUUUUAAGGCACGGUGUUGAAGGAAGCACCGAUGCCAAGGAUGACUUAUGUUUGAGUGAAUCAGACAAAGCAAAUGCCAGAAUGAGAGCUCAUAAGAAAAUUGUAGAAUUGAGACAACUUCUGGAAAUCGCUGAGAGCAACUUUAAACACUUGGGUGGAAUAACAGAAGAGGAUCUAAAGCAGAAGAAGGAACAGCUGGAGUCUAAGAAGACCAUCAAAGAGCUGCAGGGGCAGCUGGCCUAUGAGCGACUCCGCAGGGAAAAGUUGGAGUGUCAACUGGAUGAAUAUCGAGUGGAAGUGGAUCAGCUUAAGGAAACACUGGAGAAAAUCCAGGUUCCCAGUGUCAUAGCUAUGGAAGAUGACUCGUGUGAGUCUAGCAAAGAGAAGCGGCGAGUGAAAAAAAAAGUGUCUCCUGGGGGCGUGUUUGUGAGAAGGUACUAAUCAGUGCAGUAAGGUUAAAUAAAGCCUUGAUUUUCUUUCACUUUAGAGAUACGUGAAUUGAUAGAAAUCCUUCAGUUCUAAGGGUGAAAAUGUUGUAUAUCAAAGGGACUUAAAAAUUCCACGGACUCAGGAUACUUUUUAUAUACAUAUAUAUGCAAGUCAACAUCAAUAACAAGUAUUCACAUAAGCUGUAAACUGUAAGACAGUACAAUCUAAUAGUCAAAGGAAAUCCAAUUCUAGAUAAUAAUUAUUAAAAUGAUACUGUGGCUUCACAAUAAAGUUGUAUUUUACUGUC